GCCUCCCGGCAUGAGGAGCUGCAAGAUGGUGCGGGUGGCCAGCGUGCUGGGGCUGGUGAUGCUGAGCAUCGCGCUGCUCAUCCUCUCCCUCAUCAGCUACGUCUCGCUGAAGAAGGACAACGUCCUGGGCGCGCCCCGCGCCGCCGGCCCGGGGGGGCCCCGCAUGUACAUGUUCCACGCGGGAUUCAGGUCCCAGUUCGCGCUGAAGUUCCUGGACCCUUCGUUCGUGCCCAUCACGAACUCGCUGAGCCAGGAGCUGCAGGAGAAGCCCUCCAAGUGGGCCUUCAACCGGACUGCCUUCGCACACCAGAGGCAAGAAAUCCUUCAGCACGUUGAUGUCAUAAAAAAUUUUUCUUUGACCAAGAGCAGUGUCCGGAUUGGACAGCUGAUGCAUUAUGAUUACUCCAGCCAUAAGUACGUUUUCUCUAUCAGCAAUAACUUCAGGUCGCUGCUUCCCGACGUGUCUCCCAUCCUGAACAAGCAUUACAACAUCUGUGCUGUGGUUGGAAACAGUGGGAUCCUGACUGGGAGCCAGUGUGGGCAAGAGAUAGAUAAAUCUGAUUUUGUUUUUCGUUGCAAUUUUGCUCCAACUGAGGCUUUCCAGAAAGAUGUUGGAAGGAAAACCAAUCUCACGACCUUCAACCCCAGCAUCCUGGAAAAGUAUUACAACAAUCUUCUGACCAUUCAGGAUCGCAACAACUUCUUUUUAAGUUUGAAAAAGCUUGAUGGGGCCAUUCUUUGGAUCCCUGCCUUUUUCUUCCACACGUCAGCAACGGUGACAAGAACACUGGUUGACUUCUUUGUGGAGCACAGAGGGCAACUAAAGGUCCAGUUGGCUUGGCCAGGAAAUAUAAUGCAACAUGUUAACAGAUACUGGAAGAACAAGCACUUGUCACCCAAGAGGCUGAGCACAGGUAUUCUCAUGUACACCCUCGCCUCUGCUGUGUGUGAGGAGAUCCACCUGUACGGGUUCUGGCCCUUUGGGUUCGACCCCAACACGCGGGAGGACCUCCCGUACCACUACUAUGACAAGAAGGGAACCAAGUUCACGACCAAGUGGCAGGAGUCCCACCAGCUGCCUGCAGAGUUCCAGCUGCUCUACAGGAUGCACGGUGAAGGACUGGCCAAACUCACCUUGUCGCAUUGUGCCUAAGAACCAAAAUCUUGAAGUGCCAAAUUACUGUCUAAAAAGUGCCCAAACCCAAUUAAACAUUCUUCAGAUAUGAUUCUAAAAAAAAAAAAAACAACAAAAAACCCCAUGCAACCAACCCCACCCUCAAAUAUUUUCCAUAAUUUAAAGAUGCUUUUCAGCCACCCUGGUCCCUGCUUGUCACGGGGUUCAAGCACAUUCAGCUGUGUCCAAGCAUUGGCCAGGCUCUGUGGAUUGCUAUUCAUGCCACAGCAACAUUCAAAUCUUUUUGCAUUUGUAGAUACGCUACAAAGUAUGUUUUAAGGUGUUUUCAUGUUUUAGCAUCCCACUAUAAAUGCCCUAAUUCUCUUUAAUUUGUUGCCCCUUCCUGGUUAGAAUUAGAAAUGCUGGUUUUAAAAAGUUUUGCUUCUCUUGUGUGUGUUGCUCUCAGCAGCUCAGCACACAUUGCCAUGGCCCAUUGCAAAAGUUGCUUGGAAUUCCAUUGUCAUGUGCAAGUUCUUCAGUGUGGAUCCUUUAUUUCCACCGCUUGCAUAUUUUCGUAUUUACUGAAUUUUACAUUUUUUUAGGAAUAAUAUGAAGAAGAAGGUGAGAAUAUGGCUCAUACAUUAGCUAGCUGUUUAUAUUGCUCUUGGAAUACUUCAGCUUUUUCAUUCAAUUUGGGCCAAAUCCUAGUCCAGAUUAGCCAGGCUGAAACGGGUCAUUCCCAUCUCUGUGAUAGUGUUUGGUCUUUUGAUUUUGGAGUUAAAUCACCAGGAUAAAUGAUACCAGGUUUCUCUGGAGAUGUAUUGGGAUAGAAGCCGACGGGUCCAGCAGCAGCAGCAGCCAGGUGCUGGGAUUUCCAAACGUUUUUUAAAGGGAAGCAAGCACAGCAGGAGUGCAGCAAAGAGGAAACACAGUUGCCAGAUUUUUCCAUUUACAUCUCUAAAUCCACACUAACCCAGUGGCCCCAUUUUCCAGUCACCAACAGUCACCCAAGGUGGCCAAAGGAUGCCAUGGCUUCCUUGGCACUGCUGGGAACCAGGCUGUUGGAGAGAGGACAACCUUAGGGUCACUGAUGGUUUGAAAAUGUUGGCCACUAUGUCUCAGGAGAAAGGGCCCUGUAAAACAGGUGGGUUUCUUGUUACCACAGGGGUACUUACACGUAUUUUAACAUUUUUCUACUAUUCUGUACAAUGCUGAGAACUGACCAUAGACUGAAAGAAAGUGCAAAAUCCAAUUUAAAUUCAUAUUUUAUAGUGGCAUGUUUUCAUUUUUCUCAGCCUUUUUGCCUCCAAGCUGAGGCAGGAGCUGAGGAAGGAGAUUCUGAGUACCACACCAGACCUGAGGGGCCUGGAGCACCUCCCAGUGCCCACUGCCACAGCACCACAGCUCUGCCAGCCCCAAAGCCGUGAUCCUGCCCCUCGGGUGCAGGGGAAGCUGGAACCUCUCUUUCCUGUUUCAAUUACCCCACAUUUUCUGGCUUUUGCUUUUCCAAGGGCUGUUCAGGGCUAGGGUGCUGGGAGGUUUGGUCAGCCCUGUGCUCAGACCUGCUCCUGAGGGACCUGCAACAUUUCUCUCCCUGCUGCUGAGCCUGACCCCCUGGGGCACGGGCAGAGCAGGGCCCUGCCUGGUGGCACAGCCAGCCUGAGGACUGAGGGACCUGCCAGUGACUGUGCAGGUUGGUGGGAAGGUCUCUGUGUUGCACCAGCAGAGGUAGGUGGCAGUUUUGGCAUGGAAGGGACAAAACAGGAGCUGAAACCACAAGCCUGGAUUGCCCCAGGGUAGUUUGUUCAUUUGUCAUAAUUUACUUUUGUAAGUCUUCUUUCCCUUCCUAGUCAUGACAAACUCGGGGAAAUUGCCCACAGCUGGGACCUCUGUCCUCCCCAUGGCUCACCCCCCCAGCCUGUUUCCCACGGCUGUGCUCAGGGGGUCUGCCAUGCCCCACGUGCCCCCAGGCAGUGGGGAGGACAGGGAUGGAAAGGGGCUUUCAUGCACAGCACCUCAGUUUGAUGCUGCUCAGUUGAAGCGAACAGCAUGUCUUGCUCAGGUUGGUCCCAAUUGGGUGAGGUCCAGCUAUGGCAGAAGGCAGCACACCCUGCUUGGGGGAUCUCUGGGGGACCCCCUGCCACCCCUGGCAAGGGACAGGACCCUCUUGGUCCCUGGCAGUGCAGCUGGAACCUUCCAGAGGCACAAAGAGGUGCCGAGUGCAGAGAUGGAAGCAGGAAAACAGCUGCAAAUAUUCGGAAAUGGGAAUACAGAAAAAUCAUUGACAGAGCGCCAUAUUAUAUCAUUGAUUUUUAAGCAAAACUCCCCAUCGAUUUUUCAGAACCACAUUGAACAUUUCAGAAUCAUUGAUUUUAAUGGGGAGUUCUGCCCCGAAAUCAAUGGUGCAAUACAGCCCAAAGUAAAUUGCUUCUUGGUAUCAAUAUUUUUUUGUCCAAGCUGUAGCAAUGUGGGAAAGCGCCUGAAAACGUGCACCUUUUGUCUGUGCCUGCUUUCUUAGAUGCUCCUUGAAUUCUGCUUUUAUAGAGAGACCAGGGGAAGGGCAGCUUGUGCCAGGUGGUGGGAGCAGGCACAGCCCAGGGUGGGCUCUGCACCCCCCAGUCAGGGCAGGACCCUCCUGAUGCCCGGAGGCCAGCCUGAGGUCUUGCCCAAAUCCCCAUUUUCCAGCUGCUUUUCUGGCAGGAUCUUGCGUUAGGGCUCAGAGCAGAGAAACGGGUUGACCCCUCCCCGUGUUUCCACUGAUGGCUGUGGGCUCAGCAUCCUUUCCCAGGGCUGAUGGCACGUGUCAUUGAGCAAAGACAGCUCAGGGAGGGGAUGCCUAAUGCAAUGGGAUCAAUAUUUGUAAGUACAAAACAGUUUGGUUUACAAAAUCAAGACAAGUCGAGCUCCAAGGGAAGGGGCUGGCAGGAUGGGGAGCCCGCCCAGCCCCGGGCAGCAUCCCAUGUGCUGUGUGGCCACAUCCUGCUCCGGCUCCUCUGCUACAGGGUGAGGGGGAGCCCGGGGGGAUGGGGCUCCCAGGCAGGGGAUGUGGAGUGGGGCUGUACCCAGGAGUGGACACAGGUGUGUUACCUUCUCCUCUUUCAUACAUCUUGCGUUUGUAUUUUCGUUGCUUGCAUCCUCUCAGUGAAUGGUAGCAAGAUACAUGAAAGCAAAGUCAUUUCUGCUACCGGGUUUAAUUGUGGAGCAGACCAAAAAGCAAGCGUUUGUGAACUAUAACUGUGAAUGGAGGUUGCAAAAACAGAUUGUUUAGGAAAAAGCAGGUUUUUAUGUAAAUUAAUGUGUCUUUAUUCUAAUGGCUAUACAGUUCAACGCCUGAUUGAGUUGUUUUAAAUAAAAAAAAAUAUAAAUAUAUUUUAAAAAAAGCCGUAAUUGUGAUCAAGAAUUCAUUCUUGAAUGGCCAUAGCAAAGCAUUAUGUAUUUUUCAAAGGCUGAUGGUCACUAAGGGCCAGGGCACAGUCUCAGGUGAAUGGCAGAGCCGCACACGGGGUGAGGUGCAUUGCGAGUGAAGCUGGUGGUGUCCAGCCUUGCUCCCACAGGAGCUCCUGAGGCAUCAGCAGGACCAGGACCCGGAUGGGGCCGAGCCCCACAGCCUGCCCCACACAUGGUGCCUGUAACCAGGGGCACGACGUGAGCAGGGCCCUGGCUCCUGCUGCUGGACCCCUGCAUCCUCCUCCUGAGCAUCCUUGGUGGGGAACCACGCGACGCUUCAUUCGGGAGCAAUCAGCAAUGUGAUUCUUUGGUGUGAAUGUGCCUGCAACAUUGACUCAUGUGCCAAAACACGAUAUUGAAUGCAUUGUUUUUAAAUAAAAUGUUUUAUUGUGCAUUGAA